GUCGGCUCAGUCGGAAGGAGGCAGGGGAGCGGAGCGGAGGGCGCCGCGGAUGGGGCGGAGGCAGCCGCGUCGCCAUGGCAGCCCAGGGCCGCGGCCGUUGCGGGCGCAGAGGAAGUUCACGUAAAGAGGGCAAGUGGGUGAGCAGACAAAAAUGUAAUAAUGGCUGGGCGUUGCUAACAAUUCCUUCCCAGGGUGGGACCACUUGAAAGCCAGUAAGAUUUGAAGCUUAUUUCUAAAGCUCCAUCAAUAUAACCUGACCUCUUUGGACCAGAAAGGAAUUUCAUUUCUUGCUUUAACUGCUGAGCAAAGGAACUCACAUUUGUUGCAAAAAUGCCUAUUUUAAAGCAGCUAGUAACCAAUUCCGCUAAUUCCAAGCGCCGCUCUAGGGCAGAUCUGACAACUGAGAUGAUCAGUGCUCCCCUUGGAGAUUUCCGUCACACCAUGCAUGUUGGCCGGGCUGGUGAUGCCUUUGGAGAUACCUCCUUUCUCAAUACCAAGGCUGGGGAGGGUGAGCAGGAAGCCUUGGAGGAGACAACUUCUUCCUCCAAACCUGGCCUGCUUUCACGGAAGUUUCGAAGCAGCAAACGAUCUCAAUCUGUAACGCGUGGUGAUCGACGGGACAUGUUAGGAUCUCUGAGGGAUUCAGCCAUCUUUGUAAAAAAUGCAGUCUCCUUACCUCAGCUCACUGAGAAGGAAACAGACAAGAGUGGUGGUAAAAAGAUGCCCAAGAGCCUCUCCUCCAGCCCAGUCAAGAAAUCGCCUGAAGAGCAGACGCCUGAAGAGAAACACAUGAAUGGUGCUGCUGCAGGCCCCAGCCCUGGGUUGGAAGAACGGGCCUUUGGUGACAUAACUGACUUGCCUUUGGUGGUCCCCAAGAAUAACUGUGGUUUAAAGCAUGCCGAGUCCAUCAUGUCUUUCCAUAUUGAUUUGGGGCCUUCCAUGUUGGGAGAUAUCUUGAGCAUCAUGGACAAGGACCCCUGGGAACAAGAGGAUUCUGGUUAUCAUGGGGCAGAAGACCACCAAAGGGAAACAGGCCCUGCAGAAGGGUCACCAGCCCACUGGCUCAGCCAAGAGUGCAGGCUUCCCCAGGGUUCCUUGGCCCAGCGGGAUGACAGCAGAGCGGCAACCUACAGUCCAGGCUCUGCCCGUAGUGUGACAAGCCGCCUGACUAUGGACAGCAGUUCCAUCUCCAGUUGUACAUCAGUGGGAGAUGAACAACGGAGUUCAGCCUCCAGAGGACAAAACCACACUGUUCCAGAUGAUGCCAGGCGUGAUGACCCAUUGAAACAGCCUGACAAGGAAUUCUGCUUCAUGGAUGAGGAAGAUGAUGAGAUAAGAGUAUAAGGAAGGUGGUGACAUCCACAUUGAUUCAUUUACGUUAGGAAAGAGCAGCUGGCAUCUGAUUCUGGAAGAAUAGUACUGCUGAAAAAGUGACUGAAUCCUUUCGCCAGCAUUCUCAGUCUUCACUUUUCAAGCUCUCCUCCCCAUUGUUCCCUUAAGCAGACUGCUGCAGAAAGGGAGGGGGACAUGGAUCAAGCUGAAACACAUUUCAAUAAUUCCUUAUGUUUAAAAUAACCCUUUCCCGAUAUUGAAAUGAGAUCACUUAAGGAGAUUUGGAAAAACGUUAUUUCCAAAAGAGAACUUGCCACUGGAUUGGAACUUAAAAGAUAACAGAAUGGAUUUUGAUUAACUUACCUGCUACCAGUUUGUAGCAAUAUACAGCUGAACACUAGAACAAAGCUCAAAAGCACUAGUUUUCCUAUUAAUAUAUUUCCUACUUUUGCAUUUGUUCUAGCACUCAAAGACCAAUGGUUUGUUUUUUCCUACUGACCAAUGCUGUUCUGGUCUUGGCACAACAUUGGAGGAUGUUGCAUCUUUGUAGGGAGCAAAAACACAGAGGAAGUUGAAAAAAGUAGAUUCUCUAAAUCUUUAUGCUCAGAAACUAACAAUUCCUUUCCUGCAGGCAGGCCUCUGGGCAGAUCUUCAGAUUGCUACUUGGGAUAGACAUUUCUUACUCUUGCUUUUUUUAAAAUCGGAGCUGAUUAAAACUCUUAAGACCACAGAUUGUGGGGAGUGAGAAAUGCAGUUGUCCCUUUCACAUUGGGGCCCUCAGACGCAAUGGAAGACAAAAGUUACGAAGAUGCUAAUAUUUCCUGAUAGCGUAUACUUUUCCUACUCCUAAAAUGUGUCAUCCCUGACUAUGGUAACCUGGGUUAACUCUUUGUAGUGGAAUAUUCUUGAAGACUCUUUGCUUGUAUGAAGACUGUUUGGAAUUCCCUGAUGGAAGAGAGAUGGAUUCUAAGAGUGGUAGCAAUAACCAGCCUAGCUACCCUAUCCCAAAGUACAGAAAAACCCUGACUCCUUGCCUUCACUCUGUCCAGGCUCUCCCCUUGUAGAUAGUUAGACUGGAGGUCCUGAGAUUUGUUUGUGUUUCUGGGGUAAUCACUGGGGCACUGCUAGAGGAUGUGGUUCACUUACACAUCUACAGCCUUAGACUGAAAAACCCCAGACAUAGCCUAACGAUACAGCCCCAUCUUCUCUUAACUGAGACUUGAGAAUGUCAGCUGGGCUGCGUGAAGCACAAAGAGCUUGGCGCUCCCUGUUCUAGGAACAAUAGAGGAGCCUCGUCGCUCAUUUUCCCCCCUUGGAACUUUUUAGCAUCCUUAAUGUCUAGUGCAUUAAGGAGUUGCUCCUGCGUUCCUAUAUCCUAAUGCCCUAUCCUUUAUUUUAUUUUAUUGGCCUUGCUUUACAUUUCGCUGGGCAUUAAACACUAUUUUUUGCCUUAUUUUUGUUUUCUUUUUAAUUUUAGUCUUUUGUCUAUACUGUAUAUUAGACCUGCUCACCCCUUUGGGAGUAGCCUUUUCCCCUUCACUGGGGUUGUGACUUGCAUUGUGUGUAUACAGGUGUUUGUUUAGUGCAUCUGUUGGAGGACUUUUAAAAGUGGAUGUUUGUUUUGAAAAUGCAAAGAAAUUAAAGUAUAGUGAAGAGAAAAGUA